AAGGGACCAAAAUACGUGAGUCAAAUGGAGAGAGUUGGAGAGACAUUCCGUACAUCUUAUUCAGAAAAAAAAUUAAGUAUGAAAAAGUCCAGGUACUGGAAUCAAUCUGUCGGAAUUGGGGAACGAGAUGAAGAACUGAAACUAUCCAUUUUCUCCAUCGAGGUUUGAAUAAAAACAAAGGGUAAGCAAGUGUAAACGAACAACAAUGAAAAUGGAAGAGCAUAGAAGUUGAAAUAGACCCUACAAAGCAUCGGCAAUCUGCCUCUUCCUUUGCGGCCAGUGACAUUUUUAAAGCUAAGAUGACAUAGAAUGGGUUGGGUGGCGCUAGGGCGGCGUGCGGGUGGUAGCAGCCGCUUAUCACCCAUCCUCUCGCUGUCUCUCGCCUCCCUUGUAAGCUCCUUACUAUUCACUACCCUCUGUGUCCUCACCCUAGCUCUCACUUUUGCCACCUUCGUACGCUCCGAAGACAUCUUUGAGGAAGGAAAAUCAGACAAGGAAAUUCUGGACAAUUUGCUGCUGUCGACGCGCUAUGACAAGCGGCUUCUUCCGCCGGUCCAAGAUGCGGAUUUCUGCUGUGGAUUGCGAUCGCCUGGUGACUCGACCAGGCCAGUUAACCGAUCAGCGACCUUAACCGACCUUACGCAGAACAACAACCAGAACAAUAACCAUUAUACGCCGCACCAACACCUUCGCACUCACCUUCGCGGAACUUUAACUGUAAAUGUGAGCGUAUUGUUAUUAAGUCUGGCUUCACCUGACGAAUCGAGUUUGAAAUACGAAGUUGAGUUUCUCUUGCAACAACAAUGGUAUGAUCCACGUCUACGUUACAGUAAUCGAUCGCGAUACGAGUUUUUAAAUGCGAUCCAUCAUCAUAAUGACAUCUGGCUGCCAGAUACCUAUUUUAUCAUGCAUGGUGACUUCAAAGAUCCUCUGAUUCCGGUACACUUCGCAUUACGGAUUUAUCGCAAUGGCACUGUCAACUAUCUGAUGCGGCGUCAUCUUAUCCUUUCUUGUCAAGGUAGACUCAAUAUAUUUCCGUUCGAUGACCCGCAAUGUUCGUUUGCUAUUGAGAGCAUUUCCUAUGAACAAACAGCAAUUACUUACGUAUGGAAAAAUGACGAGGCGACGUUAAGAAAGAGCCCGAGCCUCACAACACUAAAUGCGUAUCUUAUUCGAAAUCAGACAAUCACGUGUCCGAUAAAAGCAAGCUGGCGUGCUGGCGCACACGUGAUUGUCGACUACGAGGACGAGUUUGACGAAUUCGGAGAUUCAAAGUGUUCACUGUGCCAGCGCAGGUUUGAAGAACAAGGUAACUACAGCUGUCUGAAAGUGGAUCUUAUCUUCACAAGGGACCGUGCCUUUUACUUUACCACAGUCUUUAUUCCGGGAAUAAUACUGGUAACGAGCUCGUUCAUCACUUUUUGGCUUGAAUGGAAUGCUGUACCUGCAAGAGUCAUGAUUGGUGUGACAACAAUGCUCAACUUUUUCACUACGUCUAAUGGGUUCCGUUCAACACUACCAGUUGUCUCAAACUUGACUGCCAUGAACGUAUGGGAUGGGGUAUGCAUGUGUUUUAUCUAUGCCAGCCUACUCGAGUUCGUGUGCGUCAAUUAUGUGGGCCGGAAACGACCACUUCAUAACGUCGUUUAUCGGCCAGGCGAGAAUCCUGUCACCCAGCGGCUACCAGCGGUGCUCAGCAGGAUAGGGAUUAUAUUGGCCAGCCCCUUGGGUGAAAAGAAACGAGAGGGUGGCAAUACAACGACUGGUAGUAAUGGUCCAACUGAAAUGAACGUCGCCUGUACAACCUGCAAUUCCAAUUCCUGUACACAUACAACAACCAAUGGCUGUGCAGCAGAGUGUUGCUUUGUUCAGCUCAGGAAAAAGGAGCCGCCGCAUCCAAUCCGGGUGGCGAAAACGAUUGACGUAAUAGCAAGAAUAACGUUUCCAGUCGCAUAUUUUAUGUUCCUCACAUUUUUCUUCAUACACUACAAAGGAGCCUCAUAAAGGAUCAACUCAGCAUAAUGAUAACAUUAAUACUAUCAAAAAGGAUAAACUUAAAUUUAUUUAAUGUGUUGUUGUAAAAAGGACUCUUAAAAUAUUGUUAAAUGUAAUAAAAAAUACGAUCAAUUUUACGUCGAGUAACAAGAUCUUCAAGUAACAAGAUAAAUUAAGAUCUCUGGUAUUAAGUAUAAAUAAAGUAUUAAGUUAAAGAGUUGAACAUAAAAGUCAAGAAAUUUUAUGCUUUUAAUAGUUAAGAAAUAGGUACUCCAUUUUCGCGAAUUUUUUCUAGUUUACUCGGAGCAAUAAAUGAAAAUUUGCUGUAGCGAUAUCAUCUUCUUUUUUUACUAUUAAAAACAAUAAAAUUUCUUGAUUUUUAUGACUAAGUAAGCACUUACUUUGAAAAGAAUGCUACUGCGAAGAAAGAGAGAGAAAAUGAUUCAAGUGAAUACUUGGUAUAUUAAAGAUUGAAAUCAAAUGUUAUCUAUCUAUGUUAUUAGAAAAAAAAAAAAAAAAAAAAAAAGAAAAAAAUUGAAUCAUUUAUUGCUAUUAUAUCAGUUGUAAUUUUAAUGAUAAUAUUAUUAAUAAAUAUUAAUAAAUCUACAAACAUGCUACUGUAAUUUUUACGAUGAAAGAUAACGAAUUCCUCAAUGUUAUUGCUAUUUUGAGUUUUAUUAUUACUAUGCAUCCUGCAUGAAAUGACUGUAUGUGGCCAAGUACAUGUUACAUUACAUGUCCGUUAUUAUAUAAAAUUGUCCAUUUUAUGUACAUCAGAGCGUAUCGAUAUCACAUUUUCUGCAGUUUUUUACAUUACAUGCGCUGUAAUAGGAGAUUGCACCAUUGGUAAAUAGAAAAAUGAAAAAACUUUUAGGGAAA